AUGGUGAUAAGCAUCCUCUUUGAGGAGCGAAAUAAAGAGAAUAAUAAUGGCGCUGAUAAAAAGAGACAAGGCGCUAGCAGAAAGGGACAGAGCGCUAGGUUAAAAGGACCGAGCGCUAGAUUAAAGGGACUGGACGCUAGGUUAAAGGGGCACAGCGCUAGAUUAAAUGGACUGGGCUCUAGGUUAAAUGGACUGGAUGCUAGGUUAAAGGAACUGGGCGCAAAGGUAAAGGGGCAUGGCGCUAGGUUAAUGGGACAGGGCGCCAGCUUAACGGGGCAGAGCGCUAGGCUAGAGAAACUGGGCGCUAGGUUAAAGGGACUGAGAGCUAGGUUAAAGAGGCAGGGCGCCAGGUUAAAAGGGCUGGGCAGUAGGUUAAAGUGGCUGGGUGCUUGGUCAGAGGGGCAGGGCGCUAGGUUAAAGAAGUUGGGCGCUAGGUUAAAGUGGCUCGGGUGCUUGGUUAAAGGGGACAAGGCGCUAGGUUAA